UUCUCGCUACACGUGUGUUUUMUCGGUCUAAACGUCGGAAAAUCACGGCUUUUCAGUGUAGUAAAGAUGGCAAUGGAGGCGGGAAAGAAGGCUGCAGCUAUUUAUGCUGUAGAUAAAUUCGUUAAGGACAACCAAGUUGUUGGGGUUGGUAGUGGAUCAACUAUCGUAUAUGCUGUACAAAGACUAGCUGAAAGGGUACACAAAGAAAAUCUGAAGAAUAUUGUAUGCAUCCCUACUUCCUUCCAGGCCAGGCAGCUGAUUGUCCAGUCUGACUUGRUGCUUAGUGACCUGGACAGACACCCACAGCUUGAUGUAGCUAUUGAUGGUGCUGAUGAAGUGGAUAAUCAGUUAACUUGUAUCAAGGGGGGAGGUGGUUGUCUCACACAAGAGAAAAUAGUGGCAUCAUGUGCUGAAUCGUUUGUCGUCAUUGCUGAUGAAAGUAAAAACUCUUCUGUUCUUGGAGAAAAGUGGGCAAAAGGUGUACCUGUAGAAGUUGUCCCUAUGGCAUACCAACCAGUACUGAACAGAAUAAAAAAGAUGGGUUUCAAACCUGCCUUGAGAAUGGCAAAGGCAAAAGCAGGCCCAGUUGUCACAGACAAUGGAAAUUUCAUAAUCGACUUUGCAUUUGAUUCUCCACAAGACUGGGAUAAAGUAAACACAACUCUAAACCUUAUUCCAGGUGUCGUGGAAACUGGUCUCUUUGUAAAGAUGGCAAAACAUGUUGUGUUUGGAAAGGCUGAUGGUAGCAUUGAAACAAAAGAUGCCUAACUUUGGACAUCAUAAUUUAUUCACAACUAAGCAGCUUACAGUCCUUAAAGGCCAGAAAUCUAAAUUGAUUACGGAAAAAAACUCAAAGAGCUUGUAAAACUGGAGUAUAUAUGCGUUAUUUAAUGCAAAAAGCACAAAGUAGCUUGUUAAACUGGAAUAUAUUUCAUGUUAGACAAUAAUUAAAAGCAUUGGCUCACGAAAAUAAACAAUUUAGAAACAAA